AUGACAGAAAUGCCUCCUUAUCUCGCUGUUAAAGAUGAGGAAAAAAAUAGUGGGCAGACAGAUAGCGAGUGUUCGGACUCUGAGGACGAUUUGCCUCUAAGUUUUAAUAAACCAAGACAUAUUGAACCCAUAAAAGGCGCUGAACGCCAGGACCACUCGUGGAGAGUGAAGGAAAAGUACAAGACACAUUGCGUUGCAUUGGUCCUGUGUCUCAAUGUGGGUGUUGAUCCUCCAGAUGUGGUGAAAACUCAGCCUUGUGCAAGACUUGAAUGCUGGAUUGAUCCGAACUCGCUGUCGCCGAGUAAGGCGCUAGAGAGCAUCGGCCACGCGCUACAGACUCAGUACGAGCGAUGGCAGCCCCGAGCACGAUACAAGCAAUCGCUCGACCCCACAAGUGAUGAGAUCAAGAAACUGUGCUGUUCCUUACGCCGUAACGCCAAGGAUGAGCGUGUACUUUUUCAUUACAAUGGGCAUGGGGUGCCAAAGCCCACGUCGCAAGGAGAAAUAUGGGUCUUCAACAGGGCAUACACGCAGUACAUCCCGCUGUCGAUGUACGACCUGCAGACGUGGAUGGGCGCGCCCUCGCUGUACGUGUACGACUGCUCCAACGCGGGCGUCAUCGUCGACAACUUCAAGCAGUUCGCAGAGCAACACGAACGUGAUUAUGAGAUGCAGGCGAGCGCCGGCGCCGGUGGUGGGGCUGGUAGUGGCGAGGGCGCCGCCGUGUCGUACAAGAACUGCAUCCAGCUGGCGGCGUGCGCGGCGGGCCAGAGCCUGCCGAUGAGCCCCGAGCUGCCGGCGGACCUGUUCACCGCGUGCCUCACCACGCCCGUCAAGAUGGCCAUGAAGUGGUUCGUGCUGCGCAGCCGAGUGCGCGUCGCGCGCCAGGACCUCAUCGACCUCAUCGACAAGAUACCUGGUCAGGUGACCGAUCGGCGCACGAUGCUCGGCGAACUGAACUGGAUUUUCACAGCGAUCACUGACACGAUCGCGUGGAGCUCGCUGCCUUCGGAGCUGUUUCAGCAGUUGUUUCGCGCUGAUCUACUUACUGCGAGCCUGUGUCGGAACUUCUUGUUGGCUGAUAGGAUUAUGAGGUGUUACAACUGCACGCCGGUGUCGAGCCCAGCGCUGCCGUCGCUGGCAGCGCACCCUCUGUGGGCGGGCUGGGAGCACACGCUGGACCUGGCGCUGGCACAGCUGCCUGCGCUGCUGGGCGCGGACCCGCCCGCCUACCGCCACUCGCCCUUCUUCCGCGACCAGCUCACCGCCUUUCAAGUGUGGCUCGACCUCGGCAAGUGUACGUACCGCACCCCACCACACUGGGAGUACAUGCUGGACCUGGCGCUGGCGCAGCUGCCCGCGCUGCUGGCCGCGGACCCGCCCGCCUACCGCCGCUCGCCCUUCUUCCGCGACCAGCUCACCGCCUUUCAAGUGUGGCUCGACCUCGGCAAGUGUACGUACCGCGCACCACCACACUGGGAGCACACGCUGGACCCGGCGCUGGCGCAGCUGGGCCGCGGACCCGCCCGCCUACCGCCACUCGCCCUUCUUCCGCGACCAGCUCACCGCCUUCCAAGUGUGGCUCGACCUCGGCAAGUGUACGUACCGCACACCACUACACUGGGAGUACACGCUGGACCUGGCGCUGGCGCAGCUGCCUGCGCUGCUGGCCGGUCAGCUUUAAGACCACCACCGGACCAGCUGCCGAUGGUGCUGCAAGUACUGUUGAGCACUCUUCACCGCGUGAGGGCGCUGCAGAUACUUUGCAAAUUCUUGGCCUUGGGACCUUGGGCUGUGAAAUCUGUCCUCGCUGUAGGCAUCUUCCCUUACAUGCUAAAGCUUCUACAGGCGUCCGCUCACGACUUGAGGGCUUCCAUGGUGUACAUAUGGGCGAAGAUUAUUGCUGUUGAUCCGAGUUGUCAAGUGGAUUUGGUAAAUGCGAAAGGGCACAAAUAUUUUCUAUCAAUACUUCAAGAUCCUUCAAUAGAUAGUGAGCACAGAACGCUUGCAGCGUUUGUUCUGGCUGGAAUUGUUGACAACUACCCAGCGGGACAGGAGGCAGCUUUACAGGGGUCGAUGAUCUCUCUGUGCCUGGAGCAGCUGAGUGACCCGUGGCCGCCGCUGCGGCAGUGGGCGUGUGUGGGGCUGGGCCGGCUGUGGCGCGGCUAUGACGCGGCGCGCUGGGCCGGCGUGCGCGACCUGGCGCAUGAGAAGCUCGCCGCGCUGCUGCACCACCCGCAGCCUGAGGUGCGAGCGGCGUGCGCGUUCGCUCUGGGCACGUUCGUGGCGGCGGGCGGCUGCGGCGCACGCAUCGAGCACGCCAACGCGCUCGACCAGCAGGUGGGCGUGCAGCUCGCCGAGCGCCUACCGCCCGACGCCUCGCCGCUCGUGCGCGCGGAGCUGCUCGCAGCACUGCAAUGGCUGGUUUUGAUAUUCGAACAACACUUCAUUGCUGUUUAUAUUCAAGAGAGAAUGAGGCGAAGUGAUAAGGAGUCAAGGCGCAGCGGGCGGGUGGAGGCUGGGCAGGACGCGCUCGCGCCGGCGCGCACAGGGCUUGCACACACGCUCGCACACGCGCACACACCGCGCACAGCCCUCGUGCUGCCAGCCAUUGGUUUCGGCUCGGUGUACAUGAAGUUGUGGACAGCGUUGUGCAGCAUGGCAAAGGAGCCACAUCCGCAAAUCUCACAGAUGGCUUCUGACAUCAUUAAUUACAUAUCCAACCAGGUGGACAAUGUAAGCCGAGAAACAGAGAUGAUACGAAGCAGCAGCGGCUCCAGCUCCUUGCCACCCUCCCCCAACACGAGGCCCGCUCCACUCAGCUCGCACGGGGACACGCGAACAUUACCCAUCAUGGGUCAUCGGCGAGGCAAGUCCGGCCUACCUCAUACGAUAUCGGAGGACUCAGUAGCGCACCGUGAUCGUGAACGUGAAUCUACUUCUUCUAACUCUAGUCAAACAACAAAGAAGGCUAUAGUGAGCACUGAGUUCGUGGAGUGGGCGACGGCGCAGUUCUCGCGGGGCGAGUGCGGUGCGGGUGUGGGUGAGGGAGAGGACGGGAGCGAGCAGGACAGCGAGAGCCGCGCGCACCACGAGCGCGUGUGGCGCCGAGCUCGCAACCGCAGUCUUCGCCGCGCCGCUAGGGCGCUGCUCGGGGCGGGUGGCGGGGGGGUGCGGCUGGACACGCAGAGCUUCCACUCACGCUGCGCGCUGCCGCCCGCCGUCGUGCGCUUCCACCCCUACGAGCAGCAUCUUGCCGUCGCCUUCAAGGACAACUUCGGGUAA